AUGUCCGAUUCUGAAGGCGAAAACGUCAUAAUUACUCUUCAAACAGUUGGUUUUGAUGCUCGUUUCCCAAACACCAACCAAACAAGACACUGCUGGCAAAACUAUGUCGACUACUAUAAAUGUAUAAACGCCCGUGGCGAAGAUUUCCCUCCUUGUAAACAGUUUUUUAAGGCGUAUCAUAGUUUAUGUCCUGCAUAUUAUAAAGAAAAAUGGGAUGGUCUUCGUCAAGAUGGAACUUUCCCUGUUAAAUUGACGCCAUAG